AUGGACGCGAGUCACGCGACAGUAUUCCAUUCUUUUGGAAAGAAUCGAAAACUUACUCAAAUAAAAUUUGAAAUCACGGAGCAGCAAGUAAAAAUUGGCAAGCGAGAUCUUCUGCGUCGAAAUAUUAUUGGAGUGCAUCAUGAAAUCUCAAAGAAUCCUGAUGAUAAAUUCAGCUUUCUCAAGUUUUUCUAUUACCCAUUGGAUUUGAAACCGAAGCGUUGCAUCACCGAAAAGCGAGAGGUUUUUACAGUUGUUGUCUAUGAUAAGAAUAAAAGUAGAGAAGAAAAUGAAGAGCACGCAGAAGAGCUGCUAAAAUCCCUGUCGCGCCCAAAAAAGAAACUGUUCAUAAUUGUUAACCCCUUUAGCGGGCGAAAGAAAGGCGGCAAAAUCGCGGAUAAGCUCUCUUCAAUUCUCUUAGAAGCCGGUAUUUCGAAUAAGCUCGUGAAAACUACUCAUGGGGGUCAUGCGGAAGAAAUUGCGAGGACAGAGAGCUUUAGCGAAUACGAUGCUCUUGUCACCGUCUCAGGCGAUGGAUUAGUUAAUGAAGUCGUCAACGGAUUACGGCAGCGGGAGAAAGACGAUGCUCCCCCGGUUGCGCCAAUUCCAGCAGGUUCUGGAAAUGGACUCGUCGCUUGUCUCGUUUCAAAAGUCCCUGGCAAGCACUCAUGCCUAUCGAAAUCAAUUCAUGCUCUUAUUCUCUCUUCUGAAUCUUUCUCAAAAACGAUAGAUCUGAUGAAAGUCGAUUACAACAACUCGUCUCGUUUCUCUUUCCUCGCCAUUGCGACUGGCCUCGUCGCAGAUAUCGACAUCAACUCAGAACGCUUACGUUUUCUCGGCGGCGAGCUGAGAAAUCUCAUUUACGGCGUCGCAUACAUUAUCAGAAAAAGAAAGUAUCCUAUGGAUCUCUCUAUUGAAGAAGAGAGCCAGUCGAAAGAUGCAUUGAUCUCAAUGGUAGUAGCAGUUUGCUCGAUGCUCGACGAACGCGUGACCUUCUUUCCCGAGAUAGAUGAAGCACCCGGCAUGUACCUUCAUCAAAUGAAAUCAUCUGUCACCAGAGGCCAGCUAGUUAAACUUUGGGAUCUCGCAGAAGAUGGCGGAAAACACGUGGAAGCAUUUCCAGAACUGGCAAAUAGACCUAUCAAAUCAAUAAAAGAGCAGAUAACAUCCGUGAUCGGAGAUCAGAAUUACUCAAGAUCGCAUGCUGAGCAAUGGUCAAAGUCAAUUUCGGAGAAUAUUGCUGAUGAGCUAAAAAAGCUCAACUUGGAUGAUAUUAAAUUCGUGAUCAACAUCACUCUCUUGGAGAAGACCGAUAAAUGCUGCUCGGUAGGCACGGAUUUUGUAACGAAAAAUAAAAUGACGAGGAGGUUUGAAAUGACGGAUGUUAGUUUGGAAAUGAAGGAUGCAAAAGAUGAGAGGAUAGAAUCAGUUCGUCCAGAGAAUCAAGAGAAAUUCAAAAUUGAAAAGAACGACCUUGAGAUAUCGGAAGAAGAUAGACAAGAACUUGAAGAACUGGAAGAACUCUGGAAAAUAGCCGGCGGACCGCGAAGAUUGACGAUGGAAGACUAUCACGCGGGUGCUUUCGGUCUUUAUGAAGAUCUGGACACUGAGAAGGAAGAAGCUAAUUCAGACAUUGUUACAGAUUUGACUGAUGAAGAAUAUCUUUUUUGCAUGAAAAUGAACGACUUCAAAUACGAGUACUCAGAAGUUAAUGGCAAGAAAGUGCUCGAAAUGUGGACUUACGCUAUUCCGAAAUUUCGGAAGCAGGUCGAAGGGGACUUCGAUCCAAACAUUGCCAACAAGCGAGACACUUUAAACAAAGAUUGCAUACUGGUCUUCAAGGAGUAUGUGAAGGAAAACGAUCUUUUGAACAAAGACCCUGAAUGUAUUCUCCGACAAUACAAGCUGAUCUUCUGCAAAGAAUACAUCGAGUUCGUACGCAAGCCGGGUCGAAUUCGGACAGCGAAAACGGGGGGAGUAUAUCAAGCGACGAUGUUCUGUGUUGAUCGAAUUUUCCUUGGAGAAGGACAGUGUGCGGCAGAUGCUGUUUCAAGCUGCAUUCGAGUAUCUUACAGACUUUGGCUGACGAAGCGGAGCAAGAACAUCAAAUCGAUACGAAAGUUUUUCAAGAAGCCGCCAGUGGAAGACGGAAACUUGCAUGUAAAACUUCUUGAUAGCAAGGAGUUACUAGAAAGUGUGCGUGAAGAGCUAAUGAUGAGCAGAUACUUGUUGAUUGAUUUGGAGGGAGAUCAGCUUGGCCCUAACGGAAAAAUUACGCUUAUUCAAAUUAAUAAUUAUACAAGCAAAAACUGCUACCUUAUUGAUAUUCUGGCCAUUGGCGACUACGCACUGAGAGAAAAAGAUCCACAAGUCGGCUGGCUGAGAGACAUCCUUCAAUAUCCAAGAGUGAUCAAGUUUUUUUGGGGCGGAGUUUCUGAUACUGCGAACUUGUAUGCAAGCUAUGAGAUUAGCGUCGCUGGUUUUAUUGACCUUCAAGUCGUGGAGCUGCAAUAUCGAGAACGAUUGAUCUCCUUGACGAAUGGUCAACAAGACCCAACGAAGAAACACCCUCUGGGUCUCGAAGCAGCAUAUGAAUUUUUCUCUGACAAAAGCUUGCUCCGUUUCAAAGCUGGUAAAGCGAAACACAAGACUGACUUUCACAUCUGGAGUCGUCGGCCUAUUUCAAGUCAACUUCUAAAGUACGCCGCUUUCGACGUUGCUGCCCUGCGUCCUAUCCUCCAUGUCUUCGUGAAUACACUUCAGCUGUGGAAGUGGGGUGCUUGGAUAGGAAUUAUUUCUAAGUCGGGGAUGACGACGUAUCCUCGACAUAGGACUUGCUACUACUGCCUUGUAACCUUGUCGAUUGAUUGUUUCUCAAAAACUCAGCAGAAAUCUUACGGGAUCUGCAAAAUAUGCACAGAAGAAAGCCAUUUGAAUGAAAUUGAAAACAAAGAGAAAACACCAAAAAAUUACGAGUCUCUUCCAAAAAGACAGCCGAGUGAAAGUCGGACAGAAGUUGAUCCAAGUUUAGGCGAAAUGGAAAUGCCCAACCUCACUUUCAUCUCAGUACAAACAGACCCAAAAGCACACUUCUACCCAAAAGAAACUGUUCUUCAACGAAUAGGAUUCACUCCAAAAGAUUACUGA